UGAGUAUUGUGCCAAGUUCUCCACCUUUGCAAAUAAGAUAAGAGCACAACUGCAAGAACUCUCCCAGCACUGCGGACAACAAAAUGGAAGAGACAUUGGAGAAAGAGAUCGCGCCAUUUGAAGUAAAAGAUUCUAAUGAAGGUGGAAUUCGGCUGCGAUUGAGAGACAGAGACCUGUUGAAGAAACGAAAGGCUGAGGCAGAGGAAAAGGCAACCAACCAGUGGGUUUAUGGGGCACAAAGCCUUAAAAGAGUGAAAAAGAAGACCAGUGGUACCCCAGGAAGGAAAGGUCGACCAAGAAAAGAACCGCCUGUAGUUAUUCCAGAAGAUCUCGGUCUGGCUCAGGAAACAGAUCCUUCUCCUGACACACUUCCUAUCACAGAACCUGUAUUACCCACAAUAGCAGAGACACUGCCUUUAUUACCAGCUGAGCCACAACCAGAGCCGGCGCCGGCGCAAGUGGAAACAAUGAGUGAAAAACCUCUGGAGGAGUUUCUGAUUGAGGAUCUGGGGCCUGAUGAGGAGGAAGACAUGCCUCAAAAAAGCUUUAUCAUUGAUACAGGUGAUGACGAGCUGCCAUGUGCUGACCUGAACAGUCAAGUCUCAAUGGCAGUGUAUCCUCCAGCAUCUGCUCCUUCUCAACCUGAGAGUCUAUCUGAGAAUUUAAUCAUCUGAGUGUCACCCUUCUACAGAAAAAUGAAUUUAAUCUAAUUUACUAUUUCAAAGGAUUUCUAAACUGAAACAAGGACAAAUCUAUAUUUAUUAAAAUUCUUCAUGUCUCCAUGUAUAUAUACCACUUAUCAGUACUCUGUCAAACAAAAUCCAUUCUAUACAUAUUAUAAAAUAUAUAAUAAAAUAAAAACCGGAAAUUGUUACAGUAUAGUACUUUUGUGUUCUAUGAUUUUAAAGCAACUAGAUCUUUGCCUUAAGCCUAUAUUACGAAUAAUCUUUGUUUAGUUUGUACAACGGACUAUUUUAAAAUAAAGUGGUUUUAUACUUUGUCUUUGUCUAGUCAUUUCGUCACUGAAUUCUAAAACCAUCACGCUCCUAUGGGA